AUGUUUUUGCCCGUCACUGUGGCAAAACUAGUGCGUGGUGUGUUCUGCAAUCGACGCCGUCACCUCACCCUUCCGUCGAGUCGUGUCUGUUUGACUAGGUCCGGAGUCCCAUCCGUGCGGAAGAGGUUCGUGUCCACCACCCCGAGUCUGUGGCACGGCGAAUACGAAUGGCAGGAUCCGAAAAACGAAGCUGACGUGGUUCAAGUGGCGUUUGUAGACAGGGACGGUAAGCGCACGGAAGUCAGGGGAAAAGUCGGUGACAACGUUCUGUAUCUGGCCCACAGGCAUGGAGUCGAAAUGGAAGGUGCUUGUGAAGCGUCAUUAGCGUGCACAACCUGUCAUUGUUAUGUCGCCGACGAUUAUCUAUCCAAGCUUCCUGAAUCAGAAGAGAAAGAGGAUGAUUUACUAGAUCUAGCGCCAUUUCUAAAGGAAAACUCGCGCCUUGGUUGUCAAAUUGUUCUGACCAAGUGUUUAGACGGCAUCGAACUUGUGUUGCCUGCAGCAACCAGGAACUUUUAUGUUGACGGCCAUAAACCUAAGCCUCAUUAG